AUGAACAAUAAUAAUUCCAACGACGAUGAGCAGCCCCCAGUCACCAAGAAAGCGCGCCGAGGUGAGCUUAAGGAUCAUGAAGAUAAGGACGAAUUGGUGACGAAAGAAGAGAAGAAACAGGAUGCUGAAGAUGAAACAAACUCGGCAGCCAUUGACACGACCGCUCGUGUUGGUCUAAAGAAGGUCAGGAGUCUCCAGGAUGGGAACUUGUGCGGUGGAGACUUUGUAUUGGAUACCGAUGGGAGUGCCUGCACCAUCAGUUUUCUGUUUGAGAAGGACGGUAAAAUAUGCGGUCUCACCGCGGGCCAUCUGGCGGACGUUGGCGACAACUUGGAGAUUUUUGCUGAAAGCCAAGCGGACGAGGAGGAUUCAUCAUCCUCAUGUUUUGCAACGGGUGGACAAAGGGUGGACCUCCUCAUGGUUUCCCCUAUGCAUAUGUCUGGGCUUUCCACGAUUCUGCGCUUGCCCGAGCCUGAUGCGAACCCUACUCCCCCACAAGAAGGCAUUGAAGUUGUCGUUUGUGGCGCAAAGCGCCGUGGAGCGAACGGGGUUGUGGCGAUUGGAAGCAGCGUAAAAGGGAAAAUGUCUAAGAAAGGCGAUAUCGGAAUUUCAUCGAAUGCCGACUCUGGGGAAUCUGUCUCUUAUGGUAGUACAAGCCUGACUUAUGGCGUGGAUUGUGGCGCGCUCUACUUGGUUACCACUUCAGGAACUCCCAUUGCCAUGCACCACUGUUUGCAGAACCCGCAGGAUGAAGGGAGGGAAGAACACCGAUAA